UACGCUAAGAAGUUACAUCCGAACGACGAGAGCUUCAGAUGAUUUGGGGCAAAGAGUAGAUAACUAGGUAUUCAAUUGAAGGGUUUCCCCUCACCACCUCUUCUGUACUGCUGAGUUUCUUUCUUUCUUAUUUUUCAUACCCAGAUUUUAGAGAACACAAUGUUGAGGUCAACGUUAUCGAGAUCCGCUUUACGAAGCAGUAGACAGAGCUUCCGUGUUGCAAGAACAUUCGCAACUACAAAUAGAAGACAGGCGGAGGUCACCCUUACUGUUGGUAAGGCGCAUUGGAUCUGCGGAGCAUGUUAUAGGAGAUUUGGCUAAUUUCUCUAUACUAGAUGGCAAACAAGUUUCGAUAGAAGGUAUGAUGGGAUAGAUUACAAUUAGGAUAGAAAAGUUGUUGACACGCCACAGCUGGUUCUGCUUUAAUUCAGGCAUGUGAGAAAGCGGGAGCCACAGUACCAAGGCAAGUACUCAAUGGUGAUUUAUAGGUUAGGGUCUUUGCUAACACUUUGGUAGAUAUUGCUAUCAUGAGUAAGUCGACACGAUGCGCACACUACCGAACCCCACUGAUACGAAUAUUUACCACAGGAAACUUAUGAUUGCUGGAAAUUGUCGUAUGUGUCUAGUUGAAGUCGAGAGAGCACCAAAACCAAUUGCAUCAUGUGCAUGGCCAGUCCAGCCCGGUAUGGUUGUCAAGACCAAUUCGCCCCUCACACACAAGGCUAGAGAAGGAGUUAUGGAAUUUUUAUUGGCCAACCACCCGUUAGAUUGUCCUAUUUGCGAUCAAGGAGGAGAGUGUGAUUUACAAGAUCAAUCUAUGAGAUAUGGAGCCGAUCGUGGUCGAUUCCACGAGGUUGGUGGCAAGCGUGCCGUUGAGGACAAAAAUAUCGGACCCCUCAUUAAAACUUCGAUGAACAGAUGUAUUCAAUGCACAAGAUGUAUUCGAUUCGCAAAUGAUAUUGCUGGUGCACCGGAACUUGGAUCUACUGGACGAGGAAACGAUUUACAAAUUGGAACAUAUCUGGAACAGAACUUGGAUUCCGAGAUGUCUGGAAAUAUUAUAGAUUUGUGCCCCGUUGGAGCUCUCACAUCAAAACCAUAUGCAUUCAGGGCCAGACCUUGGGAAUUGAAGCACUCCGAAUCUAUUGAUGUUUUGGACGGUUUAGGAUCAAAUAUUCGAGUCGACUCAAGAGGUCUCGAGGUUAUGAGAAUUCUCCCUAGGUUAAACGAUGAUGUCAACGAAGAAUGGAUUAACGAUAAGACUCGAUUUGCUUGUGACGGAUUGAAGACUCAAAGACUUACUACGCCAUUGAUCAAAAAGGAUGGAAAAUUCCUUCCAGUCAGCUGGGAGCAAGCUCUAGUAGAGAUUGGUGCCGCAUACAAGGAUUUCGCUCCAAAGGGCAACGAAUUUAAGGCUAUUGCUGGGGAACUGAUUGAAACUGAGUCUAUGGUUGCUAUGAAGGAUCUUGCUAACAAGCUCGGCUCCGAGAACUUGGCUCUCGAUCAACCAUCUGGAGAUGCCCCUAUGCCUCACGGAAUUGAUGUUCGUUCAAAUUACUUGUUCAACUCUAAAAUUUGGGGUGUAGAGGAGGCUGAUGUUAUUCUGAUUGUUGGAAGCAACACUCGACAUGAAGCUGCUGGUCUCAAUGCUCGUAUCCGCAAACAAUGGCUCCGCUCUGAUCUUGAGAUUGGUGUUGUAGGUGAAACAUGGGAUUCGACUUUCGAAUUCGAGCACCUCGGUACCGAUGCGGCCUCUUUGAAAGACACUCUCGCUGGCCCCUUCGGUAAGAAGCUUGCAGAUGCGAAGAGACCGAUGAUUAUCGUUGGUUCAGGUGUCACUGAUCACGCUGAUGCCAAGGCUAUGUACGAGACGGUCGGUACUUUCGUUGAGAAGCAUGCCUCGAACUUCUUGACCGAGGGGUGGAAUGGAUACAACGUUCUUCAACGUGCUGCUUCAAGAGCGGGUGCUUUCGAAGUUGGUUUCACCACACCUUCUCAAGCAGUUGCUGACACAAAACCUAAAUUCAUUUGGUUACUCGGUGCCGAUGAAUUCAAUGCCGCUGAUAUCCCCAAAGACGCUUUCGUUGUCUACCAAGGUCACCACGGUGAUCGUGGAGCUCAAAUCGCCGACGUAGUCCUUCCAGGUGCCGCAUAUACUGAGAAGGCAGGAACCUACGUCAACACCGAAGGACGUGUACAGAUGACCCGUGCAGCUACUUCAUUACCAGGUGCCGCAAGAACUGACUGGAAGAUUAUCAGAGCAGUUAGUGAGUUCUUAGGUGCUCCGUUGCCAUAUGAUGAUGUCGCCGCUCUCCGAGAUCGUAUGGUCGAGAUCAGUCCUUCAUUAGCAAGCUAUGACAUCGUUGAGCCAGUGGCCUUACAACAAUUGAGCAAGGUACAAUUAGUAGACCAGAACAAGGGUAGCCAGCCAACGGGUGCGCCAUUAAAGAAGGUCAUCGACAACUUUUACUUCACAGAUGUUAUUUCAAGAAGGUUAGUUUACCAACAAUCCAUUUUCCCUAUUUUCUUCUCCCUUUUAUUCCCUUCGACCCCAAGCAAUUAAAUGCUAACUCAAACUACAGUUCGCCAACAAUGGCCAGAUGUUCAGCAGCAAAGGAGACAGGUAACCCCGAAACUAAUUUCCUGGCUCCGGGCUACUCGAGCGAAAAUCCUCGUGGUCGCGUGGCUUAUGGGCCAUGAACUUGACUUUGGUAUUUGAGGAAUGUUGCGGAGGGUCUUGGCUUUCUUGCGUGCAAAGACGGUGUUUGUGUAUAUAUGGGUAGUAUGCAGUCAAAUGAAAAAAAAUAGCAUUUCAGGAAGUUUCGGAACAUUUACUGGGUGUGGAGAUUGUGGGUGGAUUGCGUGAAAUGUGAAACACGUAAAAUAGGG